GUGACAUCUACCAUUACAUUGUGCACUUUAACGUAUCCCGGGCACAUUGAAUAGGUCAACGUACUUGUAUCCAUAUUGUACCAUUCCUCGCAUGUCGAGUGAGAAGAAUUUUGAUAAAUUUAUUAUUUAGGAAAAGAAACGACAAAUUUCUACCGUUGUACGUGCGAUCGAUUAAUAAGAAGCUCAUGUAGCAACAAUAUAGUUAUUUGCGCACCGGGAUCGUUGCCCCUCAACCAUGUGCCUGGACAUUAACCGAGGGAUUUAAUGUCGAUGAAAAACACGAGGGCCCAUUGCAAAAGUGGAAAGGAUGCCGAGUUGUGGCGGCCUGUUCAGAAUUAUUAGACGCCGCCUCGUACUUGGACUGAUCUUCGCUUUGUCGCUCACCUACUGUGCAUUUUCAUUAUUUCGUAACGAGAGAAAAACAUUAGCUUUAGAUAAUGACCUCGAUGAUAUGGAUGCUAUGAUGGUCAAUGACAAUAACGAUGAUCUGAUCUCUGACGAUGAGGUGUUAUUGGAUCAAUUAAAGGCAUCUGGCAAACCACCGUCGUGGCAGGCUACUCUUGAUCAAGAGGCAAACGACAAUGCAUUAAAUAUAGAGGCAAUACCUAACUUAAAUGACAGCGACAUUGCAGCACAACCUUGUCGAAACUCUGUCCAGGGAAAAGUUCUGAUAGUAGACGAGCGAGGUAUCGUAUGUGCUAGACAAGAUGUUCUACAGAAUGGUUGCUGUACUACAGAGCAAAAGGAUCUUCUAAAAAACGAAGAAACCUCUGCAGUCAGGAAAAGAGAGAGAUAUAGUUGCAAAACCUGUAACGCCCAAGGGUGCUGUGCAAUUUAUGAGUACUGUGUAUCCUGUUGCUUACAUCCUGGCAAGCAAAUAAAGGGAAGAAAGGAUAUGCUAUUAGGGUUGCUAAGGGAUAACCAUAAGGUGCAUAGGGACCAAGAUGUUGUGAAGAAACGUCUUCGCAAUCUAGAUCGUUUCCAAGUUUGCCUGGCGGCGUGUCGCACAUCCAGCGCUAGUGUUCGCCACGAGAAUACCUACAAAGAUCCACAUUCGAAACAUUGUUACACGUUUCAACCACCGUACUCUCAUCAAAGACAUCGACGUGAUACUGAUUCUAUAAAUAAUAAUGGCGACAAUUCCGUUGUCGUUGCAUCUUUUUCUGUCAUGCCGUUACUUACCCUUCUCCCUCCUCUAUGUCUGAUUGUAUAUCCGAGCAACGAGUCGACGUUACUACCGUGCAAAUAUCAUGCCCCAAUAUCAAUCAACUACUAUUCCAACAUGCAACCACCAUGAAAUACAAAUGAAAUU